UACUGUGACUUCAACAAUGGCAGAUCCGCGCAUCAGGCAAAUAAAAAUUAAAACCGGCGUCGUUAAACGCAUCGCUAAGGAAAAAGUCGUAUACGAAAAAGAGGUAGAACAACAGAAAAAUAGAAUACAAAAAAUAAAAGACGAAGGACAGGACGAACACAACAUAAGGAAGCAGGAGGAGGUUCUUCAGGAGUCGCUUAUGAUGGUCCCUGAUUGCCAGCGGCGAUUGGCAAAGGCUUUUGCAGACCUUAAAAACACUCUAGAAAGUGAACAAGAUUUAAAGGAACACGAGGAUUAUAUUGCAGCCGAGCAAGUAUUAAAAGACGCUGAGUCCCAGCUGCCAGAGUCAACAUAAACUCUUAA